AUGCGCUUCUCCUCUGCCAUCCUCUUCUCCGUCCUCGGUGCCAUGGCCGGUCAGGUCGUGGCCAAGCCCGCCGCUGAGAUCGGCGAGCUCGAGCUCCACAGGCGCGCCGAGAUGAUCCAGACUGAGGAGGACCUCCUCGUUGCUCGCGACCAGCUCGACAAGCGUACCUUCCAGCUCAUCUGCUCCAUCAAGUGCGCCAUCCCCAUUGUCAACGUCAUCGUUAGCCCCAUUUGCGGCUGCAACGGCGGCGGCGGCGGCGGCCCCGGCGGCACCGGUGGUGGCGACCACGGUGGCGACCACGGCGGCGACGGUGGCUGCCACGAGUGUCUCCCGGACACGACCUUCGUCCCUACUCCCUCCAACACUGGCGGCAACCCCAACCCCACCGGUGGCGACCACGGUGGUGACGGUGGUGGCGACCACGGUGGUGACCACGGAGGCGACCACGGCGGUGACCACAACGGUAACCCCGGCCAGGACGGCCACGACGGCAACCCCGGCCCUGACGGCACGAUCAUCACCUCUGGUGGCCCUGGCCCCACCAACGGUGGCAGCACGUCCAACGGCCCCGCUCCUACCUCGUCGUCUAACGGCGGUGACAACAACCAGACCUCGAACGGUCCUGCCCCCACCCCGUCCACCUCGGAGGCCCCCAAGCCCACUUCGUCGUCCAACGGUGGUGACAACAACAACACCUCGAACGGCGGCGACAACCACACCUCGAACGGCGGUGACAACCACACCUCCAACGGCGGCGACAACCACACUUCCAACGGUGGUGACAACCACACUUCGAACGGUCCUGCCCCUACUCCCUCGACCUCGGAGGCCCCCAAGCCUACUUCGUCGUCCAACGGUGGUGACAACAACAACACCUCGAACGGCGGCGACAACCACACCUCUAACGGCGGCGACAACCACACCUCGAACGGUGGAGACAACCACACCUCCAACGGUGGAGACAACCAGACCUCGAACGGCCCUGCCCCCACUUCGUCUACCUCCGAGGCCCCCAAGCCCACCACUUCCGGCGGCGGCAACAACAACAACCAGUGCAAGGACGGCCAGGACGGUGCCCCUGGCAAGGACGGCCAGGACGGUGCUCCCGGCAAGGACGCCGUCUGCCCCCCUUGCGUCUGCUCCCGCGGCUCUGAGGAGCUCGCUCAGGAGAACGCUCUCCUCCGCCGCGAGAUCGCCGCCCUCAAGGCCCAGCUCGCUUAA